CACUUGUCCCAAUUGACAUAAACCCACAAACAGGUCCUCCUAACCUCAUGAAGAUCCAAACUAACUUCCUCUUUUGGCUCUGUUCUCUUCUCAUUGCAGCUCUUUCCAUCACCAUUGCCCUGCGCCCAUUCCCGCCUUCCUUGACUGCCAUCCUCGCCGCUGUCCGUCCUCAAGACGGUGCUUUUGAGCUUGGCAUUUUCAGCAGUCUAGCGAAAGCGAGUGGUUCGGAUGAUCUCUUGUCUCUUGUGACUCAAAUUGCGUCCAAAUACUAUCAGUUGAAGCAUAAAGAAAAUUGUGAUGAGAAGAAAUGGAACUCUGAGUUGAAAUCUUUGUACAAUGUUUCACUCACUUUGACAGUCGAUUUGAAGGGAUGUGCAAAUUUUAGCACUGUGCAAAGCGCAGUGGACGCUGUUCCUGAUCAUGCCUCUUCAAGGACCCUUAUCCUAAUUGACUCUGGAAUCUACAGGGAGAAGGUGAUGAUAGAAGCCAACAAGACAAACUUGAUAAUUCAAGGCCAAGGCUACCUCAACACUUCAAUAGAAUGGAAUGACACUGCCAAUUCCACGGGAGGUACCGCUUACAGUUCUUCAGUCACAAUCUUUCCCUCAAACUUCAUUGCCUUCAACAUCAGCUUCAAAAACACAGCUCCACAGCCAAAUCCAGGGACUGUUGGAGGACAAGCAGUGGCACUUCGAAUUGCAGGAGAUGAAGCUGCUUUCUAUGGAUGUGGGUUUUAUGGAGCUCAAGACACACUCUAUGAUGACAAGGGAAGACAUUACUUUAAAGAAUGUUUCAUUCAAGGGUCCAUUGAUUUCAUCUUUGGCAAUGCUCGAUCGCUCUAUGAUAGUUGUAGCAUCAAGUCAAUAGCAAAGGCAAUGGUGGAUGGCGGGGUGAGUGGAGCCAUCACAGCACAAGGAAGGCAAACAAGAAUGGAGGAAACUGGUUUUGCCUUCAUCAACUGCACCAUCAAUGGCUCUGGGAAGGUGUGGCUUGGCCGUGCCUGGGGCGUCUCUGCCACUGUCAUCUUCUCUAAAACAUACAUGACCGACGUGGUGGCUGCUGACGGAUGGAAUGACUGGGGACACCCUUCAAGAGACGAGAGUGUGUUCUUUGGGGAAUAUGAAUGCUCUGGAGAAGGAGCAAAUCGCAGCUUGAGAGUGCCAUAUUCAAAGCACCUGAAUCAAGUGGAGGCUGAGCCAUACAUGAGUGUUUCCUACAUUGAUGGAGAUCAAUGGCUCAUCCAUCAACAAAUUACCCUUUUCUCUUCUAUUUAAUGUCCCUAAUAAACCUUCAACUUUCGAGUUUCU